UCAGAAUUUUUACUGGUUUCGAAUUUUGGAAAUUGAAUUUCUUGAUCCAAAUACUUUUUUCCAAUUUUGAGUUUAUUGCCAAGUGUUUUGUGAAAAUUACAUUAAUAUGGCAUUAUCAAUGUUCUUGCGCACUCCAGCAUGCGCGAGCCGUUUGAUCUCGCAACAUGUGCGCCGGCUGGCUCUACAGCCUGCGUUGGCGCAGCGCACUCUUACCAACACGCUACCAGCCUCCUGCAUUAGCCUCAAGGAAUCCAAGAAUACCCCAACAUUAAACGCAGUGCGUGAAUUCAAAACCACACCAGUUCAUUGUGCAGCUGAACACGCCCAUGAUCAUUCACGGUUGUGGGUGAUCGAGAGGGCGGUAACGGCAGUGAUGUUAGGCGCCAUCCCUGCUGCGCUGAUCAUGCCCAACAAGAUACUGGAUUCUGUUGUUGCCAUACUCAUCACCGCUCAUAGCUUCUGGGGUCUGGAGGCAGUGGCCGUAGACUACGUGCGGGAGAGCAUUUUCGGCAAGAUUAUACCUAAAAUUGCCAUUGCUUUAGUGUAUCUCAUCCACAUCGCGACUUUGGGCGGAUUAUUCUACAUCAUCAGUCACGACAUAGGCAUCGCUAACACUAUCCGUCAACUCUGGAGCAUCAAAAGUGUGAAAGCGUAAUGUGACAAUGAUAAAUCGUACUCCUGGUAUAACAAAGCCACACGUGACCACACGUUAAAAAGUGUUUUUGUCGUAAAAAUAAUAUCAGCUAUAGUCUGUCAUCUUUAAAGAUGGAGUAAAAUGACAGUUAAUUGCGUAAAAGUGUUGCCCGCUUUCAAGCAGCUAGUGAUUGCAGUCGAUGAAUAUUAUAUCCACUAUCGACUGAAUGUUGGUUACGUUAAUAUGAAAUAAAUAGUCCAAUUCGUUUCAUUUGAAUCAUAAUCAGUGCAUGACUCAAAAUUGAUUUCGAUCAAUUCAAAAUUCAAAAGUCAAAUUAAGAAUAAAGAAUACAAUAACGCAAUGAGUAAUCAUUAGAACGUCGUAACAUUCUACUUUCACAAUCUAUCGAUACAAUUGUCGACAACAACUACAU